CAGGUAGCACGCGCUACCGGCUGAUAGCAGCGGCGAUUCCCCGUUCUUCCUGCCUCCCGUCCACCCUCUCGCCCUCUCGCACCUGUCCGCGCGCGGUCGGGGUACGUACACGACAGUGCCCACGUGACGCACCCGCGAUUUUUACGCGGCGCGCUUGGCCGGAGUUCACAUGGAGCACCGAGAUCGCGGAGCGACGUCGACGACCGCGAAGUCGCCCCGAAGACCGCGUCCCCGUUGCCUUUACCGCGAGUUCCUCGCGUAGAAGCGUGUGCGCGGUCAAGAUCCUCCGUGUGUCGGACUCGCCGGUAAUCGAGGGAGAGAAAAUGUGACCGCGCGGCCACGACGCGCGGUGAUCGCGGCGCCGGGACCGAGAAGUGCGGAAGUGUGCUUUUGAACGUGCGCUCGCCGAAAAAUGACGCUCGCGGGCCGGACAUCGGUGAGGACGGUGCUGCUCACGUCGUUGCUGCCGAUUUCCGUGGUGCUGGUGGUGCUGGCGGUGCUGGCGCGCGCCGGGGACGUCGCGACCUUGGACUCUGGGACUGGAGACGGCGUCGAACCCCUUCCGGCAUCCAGGGAGGAGCGGCCGCGUCCGAAUACAGAUGCGUCAGUCACAGAUCACCGUCGUGGACGCACAUCCGUACAUGCGGAACUGUCGUCGUCGAAGGCUAAACGCGAGCAGGCGCUACGCAACAUUCUCACUGCAAGAAGGCGACAGCUUCUAAAUCAACGCUUACAUGAUCCUACGACUCGGAACCUCUCGAGUCGUAGGCCACGACCUGGCGAUAUCGUCUCGAAGGAUCUUCCAGAUAUCCUCGAAACCCAAGAGACCAGGCACGACAUUUACGUCACAAACGCGCGAACGGAAGUGGAAGAGGAAACUCCGCCAUCGUCGAGGAAAUCAAUCGAAAAAGUCGUUUCUAUGGUCAAUCUCGAUGCCAUGAAAGUAGAGGCGGAACCGCAAACCGCGAAUACAUUCAAAAACGAAGCUCUGUCGGCGUCGACGACCGAGAAGUACGAGAAUGCUUCUUCGACGUUUUCUUCAAUCGCUCCAACGCUGACUGUAUUCACCAAUCCAAAAUUGGGAGACGCGGAUACGCGCAAGAAGAACACCGUAGCGAUGCCAGAGUCUUUGUACAACCACUUCCGACCAGUGGAGAGCAAUAUUCCGGUGGAAGAUAUGUCGCAGUUUCUUUAUUUCGGCCAGAAACUUCAGCCGGACGCCCAAAACGUCACCAAUAGCAACAACAAUAACUCCGUGGAGACGACAUCGACGAAUCCGACCUCUUCUCGCAGAAGGUACUCCACAAAGAGAUUCAGCGCGACGAUAUCCGCGCCGGUGGAGGAGAUAAUGAAUGACGAGAUGAAUAUUGCGUUGGAAACGUUAGAACGACGGACAAUCGAGAAGAAUCAGGUGUCGAGGAUGAAAAACAUGUUCAGGAGCUCGAGCAACGGGCUGUACUACCGGAAACCGAGGCCUACAGCGGACGUCGUAUCCAACGUUAUUCCAGGGAACGAGUCGAGCCCCGGUAUUGUUAGCGGGUCAGAAACGAGGAGCGAGAUGAAUGCGGUAGAUGAAAAAUUCCUCCGCGAUCGGGUCCCGCAAGAGAGAGGAAACGCAGCCCAUGUCACCGAGGCGAGCACGACCCAGAUACCGCGGCAACGUCAAUCUGAUGACGAUGCCGAGGCGAGGAUCACCGUGGAGAGUGCGACCGACGCGAAACUAACAAACGGGACGGACGGAGUCGCCGGGAGUCUUUCGAGGACAACGAACGAUUUCGGGAAGGACAGCGAGAAGAAGGUCACCGAAAUGAAGACGGAAGUAGGGAACGCGGACAAAUCGGAGCACAAGUUAACGAGCGCCGAGAGAGCGGCGGCAACGCUGCAGAGAGCGAGCGCGAGGCUCCGUGAGGAAUCGUCGACGCUACGAAUCGUGGUGCCGGAUGACAGCUUCGGGCUCUCGAGUUUCGCGAUCGAGAGCGAGCGGACCCAUCGGAAUACCGUUAAACAGCAACCGGUCACGGAUCCCGUCGCGGAUCGACCGGUUCGCGCGUCGACCAGCGGCGAUAUCGCUCCGAAAUCAUCGCCGUCAUCGACGUCGCCUCUGACGACGGAGUCAUCAGCACCUGUCCUCGUUGACUCGGAUCAACAGUCUCAACAGCAGCAGCAGCAGCAACAGCAACAGCAACAUCCGCAGCAACACGUGUACGCCUAUACGAUAACGAACGUGACGCGAUUGUUGCGCAACUACACCGGACCCGGAUUAAGCGGCGAGGAGGAAAGGCGAGGAGAAGGUGGUGCUGUUGGUCAUCGUGCUGGUAGCGGUGCCGAGAUAACGAGCGGUGGACCGUCGCAGCAGCGGCCUCAGCAGCAGCAGCAGCAACCACCGCCGCCGCCGUCUUCUCCUCUUCUGCUUCCUCGUGCCAGCGAUGGCAGUAUAGAACCGGCACGAACGCCGGCGGGACUCAGUGCCGGCGCGACCAUCGAGCCAGCCGCAGUCGCUGGAGCGUUACCCAGUGCUGUCGACGGUCUGGAGGGGGAACGAGCCAGGAAAGUCGUUCCGCAGCAGCAACGAGCGAGCAGCCAACGGACAGCAGCGACCUGGCCCUCGUCGCAUUCAGCCGCGAAUGAUAGCGUUAUCGCGGCGACGAGAUCCGUUAAAUCGCCAGAGGCCGGAUACAGAGGAUCGGUCAAGUGGAACAACACCAAGUCGCGGACUAGCGAGCAGGAGGGUGCUAAUGAUCGGAGAUUCUUGCGGAAGAGCGCCAGCGCGGUGUUAAAUCAAAGAUCUACUGUCAACGAAGAAUCCUCGUCCCUGACGGCGAGCAAGCGCCGCAGGGUGUUGACUUCUUCGAGCGGGGUGUCCUUUUUGAACGGUACCAGGAGGGUAAAGUCCGGCGAAGAGAAGAUCGAGGGUGCUACGGAUAAAUUAGUGGCGAACGAUCGAUCGUCGAACGGGACGCGGGCUGCGAAUCGCGGGAAAGUUUCGGACGAUGAAGUGCCAGGUGCCGAUUCUUUUCGGCAGGUUUCGCGUGCCAGCGGGGUGAACGAAGUGCCGAGUGACAGCAGUUCGCAGGAAACCACCGUCAUGGGGAUCUUGAAUCGAAAUUCGAGUGCGACUGACGAGACGGUGGACGCCACCGACCCGUCCGUCCUCGUUGACGCGAUCGCGACGACGGAGCUGGCGAAGCCUCAGGUUCUUGAGGAGGAUGUCGUUACGGUGUCAAGUUUAAACGAUGAAAGCGAUAUCGAAAGCAAUGUUGAAGACGAUCCAAGUGCCGCGAUGUCGAACAAGACCGAGAGUGACGUAAACGCAACGACGGACGACGUCGUCGAGACGACCGUGACAGUGACCGAGCAAGUCGACGAGAUGGUCGCGAUUACGACGACGUCGACGUCGACGACAACGACGACAGUGCCGGCGGCACCAGUUUUCCCGGUUACACCUAGAAUACUGACGGAGGUGGAAAAGACCACAGUCGAUCCGGAAGCUCACACUUUGAUGCCAACGGACAUUGCAAAGGAAGCGAACAAUCUGGAUCCAUCAGAGAUCCAGAAGAGGUAUCGAGCUAAAGACGUGACGACGACGACGACGACGACGUCGACGACAACGGUUUCGCCGACUCAGACUGACACUCACGUGGAUGAGACUUCGAGUAGAAAGUCAAAAGUCCUGCCUACCUCAUCGACGCCUACGGUAACGGAGAACGGGAAACGCAUGUCCGGCGAGAGAUCGCCGGAAGUCAGAGCGCGUAAUUUAUCGGACAAGUCGAAAGACAAGGACGAUGUGUUGCCGAUCAUGCAUCUGUACAACACGUCGGACAUCUUCAACGGCAGCGGGUCGAUGGACGGGUUGGCUCGCGGCACAGAACGACCGCGGGUAGUGCUUCCGGUGGAUUCUGAAUCGCAAAACGAAGACAGUCCCGCGACGACGACGUUAACAGCGACAACGACUACGACGACAACCACGGAGAAAAGUCCCGAAUUAAUAGCGGCUGUCAAUAACACGGAAAUCAAUAGAAGUACAUCGACCACCGUUCCUGUUCCCAAGUUUAAGGAAUCCACCGUAAAUCCAACGAGUUCCCGGAAGGACAAAUUUGAGGAAAAUCGGGAGUCCCAGGAUACUGUCGUCCCUUCGGUGUCGAAAGGCUCCUCUUUCGCGUCUGCGGCCAACAAAACGCGGUACAGGCCCGCCUAUCAUCACUCGAUCCUGCCGGAGUACAACGGCACGAUGUAUCAUCCCGGUGGGCUCAACAGGACGUUCUUCGAGACCGGCGAGCCGAUCUCGGUGAGCCCGCGGGAAUCGAUGAACGUCAGUGAGGUGAUAUUGAAGCGGCACGACGGCGACGUGAUCGCCACUCAGGAGACAGUCGCCGUAGUCGGCUAUAUCCUUGCCACUCUCGUCGUCUUUCCCAUCGCCGUCGGCGUCGGGCUCAUUCUCAGAAGACUGAUACUUAGGAAUCGUAAGGUGCUCGAGGAGUCGGACACGUCAUCGGAGAUAAGCUGUAGGAAGGACGCUCUUAAUCUCGAAAACGGCGACUUCAAGACGUCCAUCGAGAAGGCGAUCACAAAGCUACCGAGGAUACAGCACUUGUGUCACGAAGCUGAGAAACCAUCGCCACCGCCAUCCCAAGAAUCCAGAUGGGAGUUUCCUAGAGAUAAGCUUAGAUUACAGACAGUCCUCGGGCAAGGAAACUUCGGCCAGGUGUGGAAGGCCGAGGCCGAUGAUUUGACAGGUCAUCAAGGCACAACCCGAUUAGUGGCAGUAAAAACAGUCAAAGAAGGUGCUUCCGAUCGAGAGAAGGAAGAUUUAGAUCGGGAACUCGAAAUCAUGAAGCAAUUGGGCAGCCAUCCAAACGUCGUCACGCUCUUAGGUUGUUGCACCGAAAAAGAGCCUCAUUAUCUCAUACUGGAGUACGUCAUGUACGGCAAAUUGCUCGCGUACCUGCGUGAUCACCGCACCAGACAGUACUUUUACAACUUCAGCGAGGAUUCGGCGGCCUUGACAUCUAGGGAUCUCACGGUUUUCGGAUAUUGCGUGGCCAGAGGCAUGGAGUAUCUUGCAUCAAAAAAGAUUAUCCACCGCGACCUCGCCGCCAGAAACGUCCUCGUGGAUCACAACAAGCUGUGCAAAAUCGCCGACUUCGGCAUGUCGAGGUUCGCCAACGAGGACGGCGAGGUGAUCGAGACUAGACACGGCAGGAAUGCCUUACCCAUUCGUUGGAUGGCCCCUGAAUCGUUGAUCUACUCCCUCUUCACGACGAAGACCGACGUCUGGAGCUUCGGGAUUCUGAUGUGGGAGAUCGUUACUUUAGGUUCAACACCGUACCCGGAUAUGACGGCGCGGGAAGUCAUGCGGAACGUGCACAACGGUUAUCGGCUGGAGAGGCCUUCGCAUUGUCGAAGCGAGCUCUUCAGGGUGAUAUCCCGAUGCUGGCACGCUGAUCCUGACCGCAGGCCGGAGUUCCAGAUUCUACGCAGGGAUCUCGCCCAGCUGCUGGAGGACAACAUGAACGGGCACUACGUGGACCUUGAGAGCUUCGCCUCUGAGUGCACCGAUUGAGAGAGGUCGGCGGAGGAAACCUCAGGUUCAUUCUCAAUCGCACCGGAAGAUCGAGCCCGCGGAGAGACUCGCGCUCAGCACGCGCGAAUGGUGCUAAGCGAGCAGGGAAAAUUCUCUGACGUGUUGAUCUUCGAGGUGACUUCUCUUCGCGAGUACAGAACGUAAUUGAGAUUAUCCGUUCUUGUCCUCCGAAAUUUAUAGGAAUUUUGUACGAAGCGUAUUCUAAGUUUUGUGAAAUACGCUUGAAAAUAGGGUCGAUAACCAGGGGCUACUUGACGCUACAAUGGCGAAAUAUCAAGAAAUGUUUCGUUGUACGAAAUUCGUCAAUCAGUACGUAAAAAUCGUAAUCCGUCCGCAAGCUCAACUUCGUCCACUAUUUGUACUUAUUAUCGCUGUGCAAUAGCAGAGUUGUAAUGACAAGAUGCGAUGUUAAUUUAUUAUUACGCGAAUACGACAUAUACUCGGCAGCAACGUCGCGCACACUCGUAAUAACAAAUGGAUUUUUAUCAUUGGAUGUUUUUUACGAUUUCUUCAAGUACAUGUUUAAUUAAUUAUGCAAUUUCCAUCUUGCUGAGGUACGCAGAACGUAGAACACAGGAACGUUGUAACGCGCUGUGCUGUGAUAAAUGACGAAAAAAUGAAAAAAAAAUUACAUAAGCGCGAUACUGAGGCGCAAUGAGGGUUUAUAAAGUCCGUGAAACACAAGUAUUUCAUCUAGAAUAGAGAAUUAUUGGGUAAGUAGAAUUUUUACAAUUAGUUUUACACGACGUGUCAUUUGUUAAUCUUUCAACAUUUCGUCUUAAUAAUUUUAUUUAUACAAGAAUGUAUGCAUCGAGCAAUGAUUGUGCACAAUUGAUCAUUUCGAAGGCUCGCUGUUGCAUGUAAUGUAUUUUACAUAAAUUAUUUUUUUUAUUAGAAAGAUAUUCAAAUAUCAAUUUAUCGAAACAAUAGCGGACAUUAUUCUUAGAGAGUUCUGCCUUAAGUUUUUGAUAUUCAUUUGUUACUUGAAACAAAAGAGAAGGCAAUUUACAGAAAGACUUAGUUCUCCACGUUAAACUUGGAAAACACAACGAGACUCAGCUCUGCGUCGCAACAUUUGUACAUACUGUGUCUCUUACGUAAUAUAUAUAUAUAUAUAUAUAUAUAUACACACAUAUAGAUUUAACAAUAAAUAUUAUAUUUGCCGGAAAUCAAAAAGAGAUGCCCCACUCUUCGAACCGCAUUACUCGCCGUAAUACUGUAACAAUAAUUCUCGUUAUUAAUUGUCGUUAGGUUUGUACAUCCCGCGUUUUUAAUCGCGCCCGACGCGUUUAUUUUUAAUCAUUCUAGUCUUUCACGACGCGUUUUGGGGCGAUGAUCGGUAUCGAUUAUAUCGUACGCUGUUUUUCUUCUCCGCUUUCAUAAGCGUUACGAAUUGGCUCGAAAUUAGCGAUAUCAGCGAUAUAAUAUAAUAUAUCGCGGUCGCUUGAGAAAAAGAUUGAUCGAAUCUCCGCUGUCAAUUGAUUAUUAUUUUUAUAUCUUGCUAUCUCCCCCUGCGACAUCGUUUUUGCUGUUUGAUACGGCUCGACUCUGUCGUUAUCAUUCGAGACAUCGUUUUCAGAUAUGUCGUAUUUUGUGCGUUACUAUUGCGAAAGAAAUAGUUGCGACCAAUAUUGUAUGUAGACUCGAUUGUAUUAAGAACUUUUGUCAGUAAACGUUGUGAGAAAAUUCAA